UCUAUCACGUUCACAACAGACUGAUCCUAGGCAUCCUGCAGUCAUUUACCAUGGCACCCGUCUUUGUGCUGACCAUUUUCAUCGCUGUUCUCUGCUCAGUUCAGGGCCGAUCUACAGGGAAAGCUUCAUUUGAAAGGAGUGAAGAGGACAUGGAACUUGACAGAACCAGCACGAACAGCGUUGAGGAGGAGGAUUUUUCUGCUUCAACGCUCAUUGAGAAGGCCAACAGAAACCUUGGGGAAAGACUUGGCGAGACACGAGUCAUUUUUGGGGACAUUGCAGUAAAUACUGGGUUGAUUAACGCUGACCCCUGCACAGCUCGCACCUGCAAAUGGCUGAAGUCCUCUGAUGGGAACGUUUACGUGCCCUAUGUGAUCUCUAACCCAUACUCGGACCGGGAGAGGUCCGUUAUUGAAGGUGGGCUGCAAACCAUUUCUGCAUCAACCUGCGUCCGAUUCCUUCCCCGAACCAAUCAGAAGGACUUUGUGGACAUCCAGUCUCAGGCAGGCUGUUUCUCGUAUAUUGGACGCCAGCGAAAUGGCCAGGUGGUGUCUCUGCAUAGGAACGGAUGUGUCCAUCUGUCUGUGGUGCAGCAUGAACUGCUGCACGCCUUGGGCCUCAACCACGAGCAUUCGCGCAGUGACGGUGACAGCCAUGUUCAAACCCUGACUCGGAACAUUUUGCCUGGAAUGGAAUACAAUGUCGAAAAGAUCAACACGAUAAACUUGGGGACUCCAUAUGACUAUAAUUCUGUCAUGCAAUACUCAAGGUUUGCCUUCUCCAGGAACGAACAGCCCGCCAUUCUUCCAAUCCCUGACAAUAAUGCAGUUAUUGGCGGGGCAACUCAGAUGAGCCCCAUUGAUAUUCUGCGGAUCAAUCGUCUCUACAACUGCAGAAAGCAGAUGAACUGAUUUGAGAAGUGCGAUGGAUCACACUCAAUGAAUUGAGAUGCAGAUAACCAUUUGUUUUGUUCAAGUCUAUCUUUACGUCCUUGUAUCAGAUCUGUUAUGGCUUAUCAUUGAUAGAACAUUGGUGUGGCAAAGUACUGUAGUCUACUGAAACAUUAUCACAAUAAACAUGUGUAGCAACGUGUA